GUCAAGCGUUGUCGACGCAGAAGAUGGCCAGCUGGCAACCCUGCCACCAACCGAUUCGGAAGCGUCGCUUUCCACAGUCGAAGCGUCGCGGCGAUACGAGUGACAGCUGUCACUAUUAGUGAGCGAGCUGUCAAAUACCUGUUUCCGGUGAUCAGUUCCACAUUUUCGUCACACUGUAGUGAAGUGAACCUCGGACGCAGAAGAAAGUAUAAUUCUAGUGUGAAUCGUUAAGUUGGAUACGGUUUAGAUUAGUCACCGUAUGUUAUCGAUUUCGCAGGCAAGCUUUUCAAAGUAGACAAAGUGGAGCUUGUAUAUUUAGUUGAAGUUUUUGGCACCCAGUUACGAAGUGAGUCCGCCACGUGAAAAUCCUUGCCACAGUCAGCUUCUAUAAAAGUUCGUCCGGUCAGUUCGUGCUACAAUCAAAGUAGCGAAAAUCAGAACAAAAGUCGUGAAACAUAGUAGGGUGCGCCAAUACGGAGAGGCCACCGAAUUGUGAGUUAGAACUCCCUCAUUAGUUAUAAAUAAUGUGUUCUCAUAAGAAAUUUACUCGUUACAGUUGAAGCAACAAAUAUAAAUAUUCGCUCUCAGAACGGUCGCUUUUUGAUUCACCCUACCACCCUCGACAAUCUUCAAAAUUCGUGCCAACAUGGACGAGAGCCGGACUUCAAGGGCAACCGAAGGACACGUGGAGGAAUCCAGUUGUGCGGCCUGCCAACGUCCGGAUAGUGCGGAGGACAUGGUCCAGUGCGACCAUUGUGACAUCUGGAAACAUUAUUCGUGCGCCGGAGUGAAUGAAAGUGUCGCAGGGAGAUCGUUUGUAUGCGGCGACUGCACCGCCCAGCAAACCGAUGACGUCAUCUCAGUGCGAACCACUUCAACCCGAUCCAGCGCAACAUCAACAAUCUCAGUCUGCCUGAGUCAGCUGGUUGAACGUCAACGAUUGGAGCGCGCUCGUCUGGAAUUAGAGCUCCAACGUCGCCAUUUGGACGAGCAGCAGCAAUUAAUCGAUAAAGCGUUCGACGAAGAGACGGACAACCAUCACGGUGGCGGUUUACUUAGUGAUGUGAACGUUAAGAUCACUGCAUCGGCACCCAGUAAACACAUCGGAACAACAGCCCUUCCCGAAACACCUGUGAGCCCGUCGGAUCGUCGUUCGAAGACGCAGUUUGACGCCCCCAAGUCAGCUGCUCCAAUUAUGGUUUCGAUUCCUCUCACAGCGUUGGAACCGAAAACCGUAAAAUACCUCCAAGGUAAGAAGAACCCCCAAGUUGCCUUCCAAGAGCUCAAAGCCCGGGUUGAGCAGUGCGAGAAGCGCGCCAAUCCAACACGAGAUGAAAUGUCAGACCUACAUGCCCAGUUGGAACUGUGUCGUAAGCUCUUGGAAGGAUGUCAGACUACAGGAGCAACCCAAGAGUCUGUUCAACGAUCGGAUGCGGAAAAUCCGAAGAAGAAACCCCCACCACAAUCAGCAGCGAGCACAUCGCGCGUUGUGAGCCAGACGGGAACCAUACCGAAGGCAAAUCGAUCGUUGCUUGCGGUCACCGAAGACGAUCGGAUGCACUCCGAUUAUUAUCAAUCCGACGCCGGAGCAGUAGGAGGAUCCACAUCACCGGAUGAAAUCUGGCCGUUGAAGCAUUUGGUUGGCCAAACAGGCCAGCCCUCGGUAAGUCGAGCAGCCGAACCAGCUGAAAUACGUCCGAACGACAUGGAACCCCCAGGUAAGCGUCAAGCCUUGAGUCAUUCUAUUGAAAAUACGAUCAAAUUCGUCCCUGAUUGUUGCCCCACGACCAAUAAUCCAAUUGCCCGAGAGCAGCUGCGAUUCGUCGCGCGCCCAAAUGAAAUGAUUUCGCCUCCCACUAACUCUCGAGAGCAGCUGCGAGAUCUCCCCGCGCACUCGAACGAUUUCGAACUUCCUGACAUUCAGCGCAAGUCUCAGUCAACCGGGUUGUUAACGCGUAAUCCCCCCUCGCGUACGGUUGAAACGUCUCAGUUCCCUCGUCAGUCUGAAAGCUACCAGCAAAAUCAAGUGAUUCCCCAACAAGAUCCAGUUCGACCCACACAGCAGCAGCUAGCAGCAAGGCAGUCCCUGGCCAAGGACCUUCCUCGAUUCAGUGGUGACCCAGCGGAAUGGCCGAUCUUCAUCUCCAACUAUCGCUACACGACCGAAGCUUGCGGAUUCUCCGACGGUGAAAACAUGCUCCGCCUCCAGCGGUGCUUAUCAGGAUCCGCGCUCGAAACGGUGCGCAGUCGGUUGGUGCUACCAGCAGCGGUGCCGCAGGUAAUUGAGACACUUCGUUUGAGGUUCGGACGCCCAGAGUUGCUGAUCAACGCUCUGCUACGCAAAGUACGGGAAAUUCCGGCCCCCAAGUCGGACAAGUUGGAGGGGCUUAUUGAUUUUGGUAUGGCAGUGCAGGCAUUGUGUGACCACAUCGAAGCUGCGAACGAACGCGCUCAUCUCUCGAACCCAUCCCUGCUUCAGGAGCUCGUAGCAAAACUUCCCGCCGAUCAACGGAUGAUGUGGGCCGGCUACAGACGAGGAUUUCAGCAAGUCGAUCUGAAAACCUUCGGCGACUAUAUGGCGUCGGUGGUAAGGGAUGCGACCAGUGUAGUGACCUUCGAGCUGGAGAAACGGAACUAUGGACGUGAUCGACCGAAGAACAGAGCGUACGUCAACUCUCAUGCUGCGGAGCGAUCCAGCAGAGCGGCAGAUUCGUCGAGUGAUCCAGAGCCUCCGAAGCAGAUUGUCUGCGCCCACUGUAACAAAGGAAGACAUCGAGUACGCGAAUGUAAUGCGUUCAAGCAGCUGCAUGUCGACGAUCGCUGGCGUCGAGUUCGGUCGUUAGGCUUAUGCCAGAACUGUCUGUUUAACCACGGACGUCGGGGAUGCCGAGGCCGAAACAUUUGCGACAUCGACGGCUGCCAGUUUCGCCACCACACUCUUCUUCAUUCUCCCAGAGGGCCACCGAAGUCAGCAGAGCACGCGAUGCAGAUAGCAGAGAACCACACCCAUCGCCGCUUGACCUCAUCGAUGCUAUUUCGAAUCAUCCCAGUGACUUUGCACGGGACUAAGGGUUCGAUCAAUACCUUCGCUUUUCUGGAUGAAGGUUCCGAUCUGACAUUGGUGGAAAGCGAGUUGGUGUCCUCGCUCGGGGUGAAAGGUACCAAGCUCCCACUAUGCCUUCGGUGGACGGGAAACACAUCGCGCGAGGAGAAGGACUCUCAGCAGGUCACGAUCGACAUCAAUGGGAUCGGCCAGGACAAGCGACUUAAGCUCCUGAAUGUAAGAACCGUCAGCAAUCUUGGACUGCCCUGUCAAAGUUUCGAGGUGGAUGAAGCAGUAAAGAAGCACGACUACCUGAAAGGAAUUCCCCUCACAAGCUACCGCGAUGCAACGCCAAGAAUACUCAUCGGCGUAGACAAUUUGCGUCUGGCCCUUCCGCUGAAGGUGCGCGAGGGUGACGGUACAUCGCCAGUUGCAGUGAAGACUAGACUUGGAUGGUGCGUCUACGGUCCUCGUGGAAACAGUAAUAGCGAAUCCUACAGUUUCCACAUUUGCGAAUGCUCGUGUGACAAAUCGCUCCAUGAGUCGGUGAAAGAUUUCUUCGCCAUUGAAGGAGCAGGCGCCGGGCCGACGGAGAUCCCGCUGACGAAGGAAGACGAGCGAGCACUGAUCUUAAUGGAAACUACAACCCGUCGAGUUGGGAACCGUUUCGAAACGGGACUGAUUUGGAAAGAAGACGACAUUGAGUUUCCGAACAGCUAUCCCAUGGCAGUGCGGCGUUUGGAAUGCUUGGAGCGCAGAAUGGAUCGCGACCCGGUACUUAAAGCGAAUCUUCACCGGCAAAUUCGCGAAUACGAGGUGAAAGGAUAUGCGCAUCGAGCGACGAGCGCGGAUAUGGAGGCCGCAGAUCCCAGACGAGUAUGGUAUCUGCCAAUCGGAGCGGUGAUGAAUCCCAAGAAGCCGGGAAAAGUUCGAGUCAUCUGGGAUGCAGCCGCCAAGGUCGAAGGUGUAUCGCUGAACAGCGCACUCCUGAAAGGGCCGGACCAGCUAUCUUCUCUUCCGGCAAUUCUGUUUCGAUUCCGCCUGUUCGGUAUAGCGGUUAGCUCGGAUAUCCAGGAGAUGUUCCACCAAAUCAGAAUCCGAGAAGAAGACAAGAAUUCCCAGCGUUUUCUGUGGCGCAACAAGCCGUCCGAGAAACCGUCGGUCUACUUGAUGGACGUUGCCACCUUUGGCAGCACGUGUUCUCCAGCAUCAGCGCAGUUUGUCAAGAAUCGGAAUGCCGAACAACACCGCGAGCUGUAUCCUGAAGCUGCCAAAGCCAUUGUGGACGACCACUACGUAGAUGAUUAUUUAGCGAGUUUCAGUACGACAGACGAGGCUGCGAAAGUUGCAAGCGAGGUACGGAUCGUACAUGGCAACGGAGGAUUCAAGCUACACAACUGGCGGUCGAACAGCGACGAGGUGUUAGAACGCAUUGGGAAAAUACAAGCCGACGCAGAUAAGCAUCUAACUCUGAUGGACGCCGCAAAAACAGAAAGGGUUCUGGGGAUGCUCUGGACACCUCAAACCGAUAACCUGAGCUUUUCCACCCAGAUGAGCGAAGAGGUACAAACGUUGAUGCAAACGUCUACGCGGCCGACGAAGAGGCAAGUACUGCGGUGUGUGAUGACAUUGUUCGAUCCAUUGGGACUGCUCUCGCCUUUCCUCAUCCACGGCAAAGUCCUGAUCCAAGACCUCUGGAGAGAAGGUACCGAGUGGGACGAUCGAGUCAGCGCGGAAGUUUUCACGAAGUGGCAGCGAUGGAUACAGAUGAUCGAGUACAUCGCUGAGAUACGAAUUCCCAGAUGUUACUUCCGCCACGCAGAUCAGACGACCUACCGCGACUCUGAACUCCACGUAUUCGUCGACGCGUCCGAGGUGGCCUACGCUUGUGCAAUCUACCUACGUACACUGAACCACGGAGCCGAAGCACAAUGCUGCCUGAUCGCAGCUAAAUCUAAAGUCGCUCCGCUGAAGCCGUGUUCGAUUCCAAGACUGGAGCUGCAAGGGUGCGUCUUAGGUGUACGCUGGUCCAAGUUCGUCCGCGAAAUCCACGGCGUUCCUGUAUCGAAGAUGGUUUUUUGGACAGAUUCAAGAACGGCUCUAGCCUGGAUCAAGGCUGAUCCCAGGAACUAUCGGCAGUUCGUAUCUUUUAGAGUCGGCGAAAUUCUAGAAAACACUACCGCAGCCGAUUGGAGAUGGGUGCCGUCGAAAUCUAACCCAGCCGAUGAAGCGACCAAAUGGGGUAGCGGCCCGUACUUCAACCAAGACAGCAAGUGGUUUCACGGACCCAAAUUUCUGCGUCUGCCGGAAUCCGAAUGGCCACGUCCCAAAGAAGCAGUGACCGAAACCACCGAAGAAAUGCGCGCAACGAUCCUCUUCCAUUUCUCGUUCGACCCCGUACUGGAUUUUGUUCGGUUCUCCUCCUGGAACCGGCUUCUGCGGGCAACCGCUUACGCCCUCCGAUUCGUGAGUAACUUGGGCAAGGUGAAGCCGAAACGAACCGGACAGCUUCAACAGGAUGAACUCCGAGCAGCAGAAGAGACGAUCUUCAGACUAGUGCAGCGUGAAUCCUAUCCGGAUGAGAUCGCAGCGCUUUCAAAUGAGAUCGCAAACGAACCAGGACACCAAGUCAUCGGAAAACAUAGCUCCAUUUAUCGUUUGCUACCGUUUUUGGACGAAGACGGCCUGCUGCGUGAACGUGGUAGAAUCGGUGCAGCUGAGGACGUCUGUUACAGCGUGCGCCAUCCUAUCAUCCUCCCAAGAAACCAUCACGUAACGCAGCUACUUGUCCGCAGAUAUCAUCAGCAGUACCGCCAUUGCAAUUCGGAAACCGUGGUCAACGAGAUUCGUCAGCUGUACAACAUUCCAAGACUUCGAACGAUAGUUAGACAAGUUAGCCGCGACUGCAUCGUCUGUAAGAUCCGUCGGGCAAAGCCUGCAAUUCCAUUGAUGGCACCUCUACCUCCUGCUCGACUGGCCCACCAUGAGCGGGCCUUCACCUAUACUGGGGUGGACUAUUUCGGACCGCUGCUGGUGAAGCUGGGACGCUCCAACGUCAAAAGAUGGAUCGCACUGUUCACGUGCCUGACAGUACGAGCCGUCCACCUCGAAGUCGCCUACAGUUUGUCAACGGAGUCGUGUAUCUCCUGCGUCCGCAGAUUCGUGGGUCGCCGGGGCCCACCUGCUGAAUUCUUCAGCGACAAUGGGACCAAUUUCCAAGGAGCCGAACGAGUUCUGCGACAUCUAAUUGGCCAGGGACUGUCGAACACCUUCACAAACGCCAACACGAAAUGGAACUUCAUCCCACCUGGAGCACCGCAUAUGGGUGGAGCGUGGGAACGCAUGGUACAGUCUGUGAAAGCCGCAAUGAUGGAUGCGUACGCCGAGGGGAAACUUGAUGACGAGGGACUGCAGACACUGGUCGUGGAGGCUGAAAACAUAGUCAACUCAAGGCCUCUGACGUAUAUGCCGCUCGAGUCUAGCGAAGCAGAGGCACUCACGCCAAACCAUUUUCUGCUGUUGAGUUCCAACGGGGCAAAACGAUGCAGCGAAGCAGUCGGAGACUCAGUUUGCACUCAAACCAGCGAACUCGAACGCCGAGAAAUCUUGGGAAGAUCCUGGGAACUGAUACAGCGCCAGCUAGAUACUUUCUGGAGACGCUGGCUAACGGAAUAUUUGCCGAUAAUCCGUCGGCAGCCAAAAUGGUUUGAAGAAACCCGAUCGCUGAAAACAGGAGACCUGGUAAUGAUAGCAGAGCCGACGGGACGAAACAAGUGGGAACGCGGUCGAAUCAUCCGUACUAUUCCGAGCCCGGACGGCCGGUAUCGACAAGCCGUCGUACAGAUUGGAGACAAGACUCUACGAAGACCGGUGUCACGGUUGGCACUGCUGGAUUUACAACUUCGUGAAGUUCCGGAGGCUUCCGGACUACACCCGGGGGAGACUGUCGACGCAGAAGAUGGCCAGCUGGCAACCCUGCCACCAACCGAUUCGGAAGCGUCGCUUUCCACAGUCGAAGCGUCGCGGCGAUACGAGUGACAGCUGUCACUAUUAGUGAGCGAGCUGUCAAAUACCUGUUUCCGGUGAUCAGUUCCACAUUUUCGUCACACUGUAGUGAAGUGAACCUCGGACGCAGAAGAAAGUAUAAUUCUAGUGUGAAUCGUUAAGUUGGAUACGGUUUAGAUUAGUCACCGUAUGUUAUCGAUUUCGCAGGCAAGCUUUUCAAAGUAGACAAAGUGGAGCUUGUAUAUUUAGUUGAAGUUUUUGGCACCCAGUUACGAAGUGAGUCCGCCACGUGAAAAUCCUUGCCACAGUCAGCUUCUAUAAAAGUUCGUCCGGUCAGUUCGUGCUACAAUCAAAGUAGCGAAAAUCAGAACAAAAGUCGUGAAACAUAGUAGGGUGCGCCAAUACGGAGAGGCCACCGAAUUGUGAGUUAGAACUCCCUCAUUACACACUAAGAAAAUAUCGCAGAAUUCUGUGAAAGAUUUCACCGAAUCAAAACGGUAAAAUAUGUUUUCACAGAUCUUUCUGUGAGAUUCAUGGUUUCCCUGUCCAUCUGUCAAAAUUUCACCGAAAAUUCGGCGAAGUCAACCAAACUACCGAGUUCUGUGAAAUUUUUACAAUACGGUUCGGUGAACAUCAACAUUUUCACCGUACACUGUGAGUUUUACCGAAUUUCUGUAAAAACAGUAGUCGUUCAUAUUGCCAAACGCGGGUUACUGAAAAGUGAUGUGUUUGUAUUGUCUUUUCGUGAUGGUGAAUCUAUAGUGAAAAACAGCAGAAAAACAACAAAAACUGAAAAAAUGGGCGAUUUCCAACAACAACACGAGAUGCUGGUUGGUAUUUUCCGUAAGUACUAAUUACACAUUAAUAACAUUUGUUUGUUUUUGCAGUCUGUUGAUUCUUUCGGGCAAUCCGCAAGAAGUACCCGCAUAUGAAAUCGCGUUGCAACACUGCGAAUGGUCAUGCAAAAACAACUAGUUAAGUUCUGAUGAUUGUGUACGUUUGAACAUCUAAAUAUACAAUACAUUUUUGAAUAAAUACAAAAGAAGUUAGUUUUAUUUUGGUUUUGAUUUCAAAAAAAUGUUAAAUAUACGAAAUAGUUCGGUGAACCGUGAAUAAAUUCAACUGAAAGAAAAACACCGAAAAUUUGUGAAUAAAUCACCGAAAGUUCGGCGAAACCCACACAAAUAAACCACUGAUCCACAGAAAAUCUGUAAAAUAAUUCACCGAAAUAUUCGGUGAAUUUGACAGAUGAGCAUUUUUAUUCUUUACAGUAUGUUCGGUGAAUUAAUAUUUCACCGAACAGAUCACCGAAAAUUCUGCUGUUGAGAUUUCGGUGAAAUUUCACAGAAUUCUGUGAUUUAUUCUUAGUGUGUAGUUAU